CACAGAGGUGAGUUUCUCUCGCCCCAGCGCCGCACACCUUUCCUUGACGACUGCCGUGCUCUCAACGUCCAACCUGUCAAUAUACUGUGCAAUUCAUCCCUUUAUCGCCGCCCUUUACGACCCACGGCGGCAGCCACCGGCCACCCAAUUCAAUGGCCUCCAACUGGCCAGCUGCGCCCGCCUCGCAGGGCUCAAGCUCCAAGCAUCCAAACCAUCCACACACAGGGACCAAUACACCGAUUGAAGGCGCCUCAAAUCCCAUGGCCGGCUCAGCUAAAAAGCGCAAGCACCGUGGAGGCAAGAAGAGACGGAACAGGCGGCAGUCGUUCGCCGCGACCUUGCAGCCAGUCACCUCUGGCGAUCUGACGGACAACCCGGAUGCUCCUGAGGCACCCGAGAACGCGCCGCCGCAUAGCUCGGGCAUGUACCGGUUGAAGCGAAACAGCAGUAAUACGAGCCUCGAGAGCGAAGCCCUCCUUGACCAUCGUGGACAGAGCUUCAUGCAGCCACGCCGGGGAAGCACGCUUCCCAAUCUCUAUCAGCAACGGCCCAGCACCUCGUACGCAGAGUCGCCCUCACGUUCCACCCAAAACAUAUUCACCCGCUCCAAGCUCUCCCAGCAGCCCAUGUCGGAUGAGGAGCAGCAAGCUGUCGACGACAGGACCCCGUUGAUGAGCCAGUCACAUCGAGACAUCAGGACGGGUACGAGUUAUGGUGGAAUGGCUUCCCCGCCGACCUCCGGCGGGAGGCUCCGGAGAGGCAGCAGAGGCUCUUCGCAGAGUAGAAGGAGCAGGACCCAGCUUAGACCGACUCUCCCUCAGCACCAGUCUUCAGCCCAGUUCUGCGAGUACGACGUCAACAACCCUCCAUCGAGACCUGGCAGCCCAGCCAUGGGUCCCGAUGUCAGUUUCAACGAUGUCAUGCUGUCCGCCGACUUGGAACGCGGCUUGACCCCCGAGGAAAGCAGGUCGAAUAGAAGGCUACGGGACGCGUACAUUGACAUCGAUCACCCUGCAGGCGCCGAAGACCACGAGAGCCCCCUUUCAGCUUCUCCGAAAGACCGGGGUCAGAUGCGCCGACGCAUGACUGCCAUGCAGGCGGCCGAGGACGUGUGCAUGCCAGUCGAAGGCAUGUCGGAGCUCGGAGAGCAAGACUUCAAGGAGCGCGCUGAGAGCGGUGAGCGGCGACGGAGGCGGCGUCGGCGGUGGCCUGACCUGGACGUCCUCGAGGCCUGGGCGGCCGAGGAAAAGGAGCAGCGCACAAUACUGGAGGGUUUGCGUACACGCAAAGUGAGCGAGCCUCUCAUGGUCGCCGGUCGUCUGCGCCCGCAAAAGCGUCCCUGGCACAGAGAGGAUGAGGAUGCGCCCUACCGCUUCACCUACUUCAACGAGGAAUUCGACAACACUAUUCAUGCGCAAACCAUCAGCGACCUCCUGCAGCCGGGCCAGACUUUCAAGGACCUCUUCAUUCCGGAACCCCCUGUGCUUGAAGACAGCACGGACGAAGAUACGGAUGAUGAAGAACCGAAUCAAUCCCGCGAUCCCACGCCCGUCAAUGGAAAUGGUGGUUCACGGCAUACACUGCAUCCCGGACAGAUCCCCCCUCUUGCCUCUCGGCUAGGAGAGAUGAAGCAAGCUCCCUCAGGAGAGCACACGCGCAGUCCUACGCCCGCCCCUGCCCCUGCCCAUACGGAGACCAACGAGAAGCCGAAGCGAUAUGGGCCGCGGCCCGCGUUCUGGCUGGAUGUCUUGCGUCCCACCGACGCAGAGAUGAAGGUCAUCUCGAAGGCGUUUAGCAUACAUCCGCUGACUGCCGAGGACAUCAUGAUGCAGGAAGCUCGGGAGAAAGUGGAGCUAUUUAAGCACUACUACUUCAUCAACUACCGCACUUUUGAACAGGACGAGAACAGCGAGGACUACCUUGAGCCGGUCAACCUCUACGUAAUAGUGUUCCGUGAGGGUGUGAUUAGCUUCCAUUUCUCCAUGACACCGCACCCGGCCAAUGUGCGGCGGAGGAUCAGACAACUACAGGACUACCUCAUGGUAUCUCCGGACUGGAUCUCGUACGGGAUUAUCGACGAUGUGACGGACGCGUAUGCGCCGUUGAUUGAGCGCAUCGAGGAUGAAGUCGACGAGAUUGACGAAGCCAUCCUGGACCUGCAUUCCGACGAAGAGGAGCAAGAGCGCGAGAAGUCCAAAGGGUACUCCUUCAACAACCCCCACUACGCGAAGCAGAAAGAUGGCACGAAGGAGGAUCAAGAUAAUGGCCGCAAUGGCCGAGACAUGUUGCGCCGAGUAGGGGAGUGCAGAAAGAAAGUCAUGAGCCUGUACCGCUUGUUGGGCAAUAAGGCGGAUGUCAUUAAGGGGUUCGCGAAGCGGUGCAAUGAGCAUUGGGAUGUCGCCCCGCGGAGCGAGAUUGGACUAUACCUGGGCGAUAUUCAAGACCAUAUUGUGACCAUGACGGCGAAUCUAAGUCACUAUGAGAAUCUCCUCUCCCGCGCACAUAGCAAUUACCUUGCCCAGAUCAACAUUCGGAUGAACGAGCGGCAGGAAAAGACGUCGGAUAUUCUUGGCAAGCUCACUGUUCUGGGUACCAUCGUACUCCCAAUGAACGUGGUGACGGGUGUGUGGGGUAUGAAUUGUCUCGUCCCUGGGCAGACGGUGGAGAAUCUGAAUUGGUUCUGGGCUAUUACGGGGAGUCUGCUGUUGUUUGGGCUGUCGUGCUACUUCAUAGCGAAGAGGGUUUAUGGUAUUGUCUAGAGGCAUUAGGGCGUGAACGUAGAGCUGAGUUUUGGAACCGCGGCGCAUUGUCUCUACGUGUGACAAAGUCCGAGGCAGGGUUGAGCCUUCUCCAUCGGAGUGAUUUCGAGGGCAGGUCGGGGGGGUUAACACCUGUUAAACAGCUAUCAAGGGCCACUGAACGUGCGCAUACGGCUUUCGAAGGAGAGUGGUCUUCGACGCAGUCUCGCGUGUGGAUGUACAUGUAGGCGUGUUUCAGACAUGCCCUGUUCCUACGUCCAUAGGAAGGAAGUCCAGCACUUGGACUCCUAUCGAUAUAACACAGAAGAACCAAAUCAGACCCUUCGAAAAGAAGCA